AUGUCGCAAAGAAACAGAAUCGAGAUUGUAAUCGUCACGCCGGUGGCGUUCCAUGACAUGCCUUUGCUGAACAGCGUCGGAGUGCACGAACCAUUUGCAUUGCGCAGCAUUGUCGAGGUCGUCACAACGGAUGGAACCUACGGACUGGGCGAGUCAUACGGCGACUCAACGCACCUGGACCGCCUGCAAAGAGUGGCCGAGCAAAUCAAAGGUCUCUCGGUGUACGACACAAAUGCUCUUUUCCAGACGUGUGUCGAGUCUCUGACAGACGAUGCCGGCACGGGUGGCGAUGGUAUGGCCGGCAUGGUCACCACGGCAUCUGUUGCUGACAAGGUCUUCUCCCCCUUUGAAGUUGCAUGUCUCGAUAUCCAAGGCAAGUUGGCAGGGGUCCCCGUGAGCGAUUUACUUGGUGGCCGCGUGAGAGAGAAGGUCCAAUACUCGGCAUACCUCUUCUACAAGUGGGGAGGACAUCCAGAAGACCCAGACGAUGAAUAUGGCCCGGCCCUCGAUCCGGCCGGUCUGGUCAGGCAAGCCCAGAAGAUUAUAAAUGAAUAUGGGUUCCAGGCAAUAAAACUCAAGGGCGGUGUUUUGCCACCGGCUCAGGAGGUCGAAGCUGUCAGAGCCCUUCGUGCAGCAUUUCCUGGUAUGCCACUGAGGCUGGAUCCGAAUGCUGCGUGGACGGUUGAAACCUCCAAAUGGGUCGCGAAGGAGCUGGAAGGUAUUGUCGAGUACUUGGAGGACCCAGCCCCAGGAAUUGAAGGCAUGGCCGCUGUCGCAAAGGAGGCUCGGAUGCCCCUGGCUACGAAUAUGGCCGUGGUCGCCUUCACUCACCUCCCUCCCAGCAUAUCACACAACGCUGUCCAGGUGAUCUUGUCCGAUCACCACUUUUGGGGCGGCCUGCGCAAGUCUCAAAUACUAGCAGCCAUCUGCGCGACGUGGGGGAUGCGGCUCUCCAUGCAUUCGAACAGCCAUUUGGGCAUCUCACUUGCCGCCAUGACGCAUCUGGCGUCCGCGACUCCAAAUCUUGACUAUGCCUGCGACACUCAUUGGCCAUGGAAGCGGCGCGAUGAGGACGUCAUUGUUGAUGGCGCUCUGAAGUGGGUGGACGGCGGCGUGGUUGUACCCACCACGCCCGGGUUAGGUGUCGAACUCGACAGAGACAAAUUAGCACGGCUUCACCGGCAGUAUCUUGACUGUGGGCUUCGCAAGCGGGACGACACCGCUUACAUGAAGUCCUUCGACCCAGAAUUUUCCGCCAAAAUUCCAAAGUGGUGA